GUCAGACGAGUUCUCUGUUAUCACCUGUAAAACUAUGACCUGAAAAAAAGACACAACCAAAAGCUAUAUUAUAAAACAGAAGACAUUCCAAUAAUAUCAGACUAGCCUGUCUUGGCAUUUGGGAAGUAAAAUGCCUUCUCCUAAAGCGCGGAGCAGCGGCAGUGUUCCGUGUACCGGUGGAAACGGACGCUACGAGUUCAUUUCUCUAAGCCGAGCUGCCCCGCCGCAGCUGCUGCAGAGGCAAGGCUCUGAUCCCACCACGGCCCGGCUCCGAGCCUCCGAGAGCCCCAACCGACGACGCGGCUCGGGUUCGUCCACUUCUUCCACCGGCGGGCAGCAGUUACCGGAGGAAGACUGUAUGAAACUAAACCCGUCUAUCGUCGGCAUCGCGCUCAGCUCUCUGCUGGCCAUCGACCUGUGGCUGUCGAAGCGGCUCGGGGUGUGCGCCUGUGAGGACUCGUCCUGGGGCAGCGUGCGACCCCUCAUGAAGCUCGUCGAGAUCUCAGGACACGGGAUCCCGUGGCUGGCCGGUGCCGCGUACUGCCUGUACAAAAGCGACAGUGCCGCCGGUCAGGAGGUCAUGCUGAACCUGCUCACGGCCUUGGUUCUGGACCUGGUCCUGGUCGGCGUGAUGAAGGCUGUAGUGCGGCGGCGACGUCCUGCCCAUAACCGUAUGGACAUGUUUGCCACAUUCUCUGUGGAUGGCUAUUCCUUCCCAUCAGGCCAUGCCACACGUGCUGCAAUGUGCGCCCGCUUUCUAUUGGCCCAUCUGGUGCUGGCGGCCCCACUCCGCGUUCUUGUCCUGCUCUGGGCCACAUUUGUUGGUUUUUCUAGAGUUCUCCUCGGACGCCAUCACGUGACGGAUGUCGCGUUCGGUUUCUUCAUGGGCUACUGGCAAUAUAAUUUGGUUGAGAUGCUCUGGUUGUCUCCAGUCAUGUUGCAAAGCACGAUUGGACGGCUUCACUGAGAAGCUAAGACUGAGGUCCCCAUUAUUUGGAGGAUUUCUAGACUCAUUCGGUUGCUGCCAGUAUGCUGGUAAUAAUUCCAUCAUGUCUGCCAAGUUGCUUUAUGUGUGUUUUUCACGUUUUCUGUGUCUUAACUUGAAUGUAAAAUCUCACAUAUCUUCUGCCAGUAAUAUCCAAGGUUUUAGGUUCACAUUAGAUCACAUUGAACAGAUAAAUGAGUUUUAGUUGGGGAAGUGAAAACAGACUUUACUUCUUUUCCAUCACUUUUCCAUUUCUCUACUACUUCUGUCAAUACUCUGAGAUGUGAUAGAUUACUCCAGUCUUAAUGAAUCCGCUGCCAUCCUGUUCUGCUCUUUUCAGGAUUGGUCCAUAUCAAAAAAGGAGGAUGGAUGGGAUGAUCUCUGGCUUCUAACAUCAGUGUUCUUGUUUAGAGAAUAAAAUCUCACCAUUGUGAUCCUACAUUUUUAUAACACCUGCAACACUAGGCAACAUCUUGAAGAUUUUGCUUCCAUUUUAAUCAAAACCCAGCCAGAUCUGUAAUUAACUAGAAAAGCUCUUCAUGAAUGAAUAUUUAAUUGAGCAAGGGAAGAGUAAAUUUCAGCACAGAUCUAAUACCUUUAGGGUAUGUGGCGUCCUCAAUAGACGUUCAAGGGGGAGUAGUUGUUAUCAUCUCUGAAGGGUUCCUCAUUACACUGAUAUCAAUCUAAAGUCUAAAGUCUUUAGUUUGUGUUUUAAAGAUCUGUUCUGUGUUCGUGUCUCAAAAGAGUGAAAUUGUUCUUUUUCUGUGCUUUUAUUGUGACCUUGUUAGCCACUGUUAAAUUUUAUUGCACUUUUUGAUGCAGUCUUAUUGAUCUGUGAAUUAGACGUUUGUUGUAUUUUGCUACGGUUUUAUUCAAAUUUGCUGGUUUUUAAUUGGGUUAAAGCCACAGCUGUGAUUAUAGAGCCAUAAAUCACAUGACAUUCUGCAGAUUGUUGCCA